UUCCACAACACAGAGGAGGACUCAUUUGUCCGUACAUGUCCGAGCUACAGAAAGUUGUGUGUUUGUGUUAGUCCUGCCGGUUUGGAAACAUGACAGACAUUUUGUUAAAGAUAAAAAACAGCGUGGCGGAGAAGAAGAAGACGGCUGUGACGCAGAGUGACGUACAGAAGUGGGGUUUAAAAGGGAUACAGCUGAGACCCUACCAGCUGGAUGGUGUGCAGUGGUUAACUCAGUGCCUGAAGAACCAGCAGGGAUGCAUUUUAGGAGACGAGAUGGGUUUGGGGAAAACCUGUCAGACGAUCUCUCUGCUGGUGUACAUGUCAGGAGCUCUGGGGAAGAAAGGUCCGUUUUUGAUUCUGAGCCCGCUCUCUGUCAUGGAGAACUGGAGAAAGGAGCUGGAAUGCUUCGCCCCCUCUCUGACUGUGCUGUGUUACAAAGGAGACAAAGAGAGACGGGCUGAGCUUCAGAGAGAAACGGACACACAAGAGUUUAAUGUUCUGCUCACUACGUAUGAGCUGUGUCUCAAAGAUGCUUCAUUCUUGAAACGGUGGAGGUGGCAGGUGCUGGUGGUUGAUGAAGCUCACAGACUGAAGAAUCAGAAUUCACUGUUGCACAAAGUCUUGACACAGUUCUCAGUUGGUUUCAGAGUCCUGCUGACGGGGACGCCCAUCCAGAACAACUUGCAGGAACUCUACUCUCUGCUGAGCUUCAUUCAGCCCAGCAUCUUCACAGCUGAUGACUCGGACAACUUUGCCAACACUUACUCCAAUGUGAAAAGUCAACCUGCUCUUGCUGCUGAGCUGCAGAGCAUCCUGGAGCCCUUCUUGCUUCGUAGAGUCAAGUCAGAAGUGGCUGUCGAUCUGCCGAAGAAGACUGAACUGCUGGUGUAUCACGGCAUGUCGGCUCUGCAGAAAAAAUACUACAAAGCCAUUCUGAUGAAGGAUCUGGAGGCUUUUGGAAAUGACCAGGGAAACAAGAACCGGCUGCUGAACAUCUUGAUGAACCUGAGGAAGUGUGUUGACCACCCGUACCUGUUUGAUGGGGUGGAACCAGAGCCUUUUGAGAUGGGGGAGCAUCUCGUUGAAGCCAGUGGGAAACUUUGCCUUUUGGACAGCUUGCUGACUUUCCUUCACAAAGGCGGCCAUCGGGUCCUGCUGUUCUCUCAGAUGACGAGGAUGCUGGACAUACUUCAGGAUUACAUGGAGUACAGAGAUUACAGCUAUGAACGUCUGGACGGGUCUGUCCGAGGGGAGGAAAGAAAUCUGGCAGUGAAGAACUUCAGCAGCAAAGAUAUCUUUGUCUUUCUGCUCAGCACUAAAGCAGGUGGAGUGGGCCUGAACCUCACAGCGGCUGACACUGUCAUUUUUAUGGACAGUGACUUCAACCCUCAAAACGACCUUCAGGCUGCUGCACGCUGCCAUCGGAUUGGUCAGAACAGGCCGGUGAAAGUGAUCCGCCUUCUGGCAAGAGACACUGUGGAGGAAAUCAUGUACUCUCGUGCUGUAUCCAAGUUGCACCUCACCAACACUGUUAUUGAAGAGGGACGCUUCUCUUUGCUGGACCAGGCUCAGUCAGCUGCUGCAGGACUGCAGCUCAGUGAGAUCUUGAAGUUUGGAGUAGAUAAGCUUUUGUCUUCGGAGGAGAGCUCUGUACAGGAUGUGAAACUGGAGAAGAUCCUCGGUCCGUCACGUGGCGGUCAGUGGGUGGAUGAAGACUUCACCUCUCUCAGAGAAGAGGAGGAGGAAGAGAACGGCUCUGAAUCUGACGCCCAGAACCACAUGUACUACUUUGAGGGGAAGGACUACAGUAAGGACCCCAGCUCUGAGGACCAGACCAGCUUUGACCGUUUGUUGGAGGAGCAGCUGGCCGAGUUCCAGAAAACUGCAGGAGAGGGACGAGCUCUGAGACACAAAGCUGGAUUUUCCCUGUCAGUAGCCUUUGGGAUUCCCACAAGGAAGAGGAAACCUCUCACUGAGGCCGAGCUGGAGAUGCGACGCCAGAGACGAGAGGAGGCUGCAGCCAAGAGAGCCAAAACUCAGGAGGAAGCAAAGAAAAAGCAGCAAGAGCAGAAACACAAGAAAAAAAUGGCGUGGUGGGAGUCAUGCGGCUACAGAACGUCCUGCCUGCCGUCUGUGGACAGCGAGGAGGACGAAGACGACGAAGAGGAUGAUAGCAGCGUAUGCUCCACUGACUCUGACAGCACGGCCAUCAACUAUGUUCUGGGGGAUGUUACUCAUCCUCACGCUGCUCAGGGAGACGCUAUCAUCGUCCACUGUGUUGAUGACUCAGGUCGGUGGGGCCGGGGAGGCUUGUUUACUGCGCUUGAGGUGAGAUCAGAUGAACCACAGAAGAAGUAUGAGUUGGCUGGCAAGAUGAAAGAUUUGGACCUUGGACAUGUGCUGCUCUUCCCCAUCGACGACAAACAGUCCAGAUUAAGUGGCCAGGAUCAAUUGGCCCUGAUCGUAGCACAGCAGCGAGACAGAGCGAACAACUUGUCUGGCAUCUUUCUAACUGCUCUUGACGAAGGUCUGAAGAAGAUUUACGCUGCAGCUAAAAGAAACAAAGCAAGUGUCCAUCUUCCUCGCAUCGGCCACUCCACCAAAGGCUUCAACUGGUACGGCACAGAGAGGCUCAUCAGGAAACACCUGGCCUCCAGAGGCAUCCCCACGUUCAUAUACUAUCACAGCAGAGCAGCAAAGAAAACAGCUCCACCUCAGGCAUCCACCUCUGCGACCUCAGCAUCGACAUCCUCCCCCGAACCGCAGCCGCACAACCCAGACAGGCUGAGUGAAGACGAGACAGAAGCAGAAACCUCCGGCCCCUCGACUUCUCUCCAGAGUUGCGGCCCUGCAGAGCUCCCUGAAUUCAUGAGGGGAGUCCGUGUGUUUUUCUACAACCUGUCUGCAACAGAGAGGAAGAGGCUGGCCCGCUACCUCAUCACUUAUGACGGAGACGAGGAGGAGAUCAUGAGUCCGGACGUCACCCACAUCGUCGCAGAGGUGGAGAACAGCGUCCACACACAGGAACUCCAGGAUCUGGUGCGUCAGUACACUCAGGCUGUCCCCGUGCAGAAGGACUGGUUGGAGUCCUGCUUCUCCAAACAACGAAAAGUCGACACUGCUCCGUUCCUCCAUCUGCUCAGAUAACACUGUGUUUCACUGUUUUUUUAAUCUCUCUUUUUUUAAACUUUCCUUUUGGGUCGAGCUUGAAUGGACUAAAUACUUAAAAAUUAUAUCAGAGCAAUUUGCACUCAGUGGCUUAUAGUUAGUUUAUUUUUAUUUAUGUGUCAUGCAAAACAUCUGGCCCAAUCUACAUACAUCUUCUGGGAAUAUAUAAAUACACUACAGGAGAGAUAAAGGAAAAAUCCAAAGAGCAAAAGUAAUGCAAUUAACUUGGACUGGGCGAUAUGACCAAAAAUCCAUGUGUGUGUACUUACAGGCUGAACGGUGAUACACGAUAUAUAUCUCAGUAUUUUCUACAAAAUGGGCGACAUGUUUUCAGUUGCAAGUCAACUCCACAUUUGAGAUGUCAAAAGCACUUUUAUGAAAACAGUCGUGAUCAAAAUAAAAUGUAAAGACAGGGAUUUUAUUCCCCCUGUUUGAAAAUUAUGAAAAAAAUAAAUAGCAGGGCUGUACGUUAACAUUUUUGCACACAGCACUGGAGCUACAGAGGUUUAAAGGUUUGCAGCACAGGACACUAAACUAUAACAUGAGUAUAAAAGUAUCCAGUAGGCCUAAAUCCAUUGUAGUUUGGAACAAUCAGAAAUCUUUGUGGGCGGAGUUAAAACAUUAUUUUCCAUCUGUUGGGCUUUUAAAUUAAUCUUUUUAUUUUUAUUUUGCACAGAGCAUCAACAGAGAGGCCAAGGGAGGGAAGGAGCGAGAGACAUUUUGUCCUCGUUAUAUACGUCCUAUAUAUAAAAUGUCUGUGCUGUCGAUGGAUUUUUUUUUAUUAAUACAUCUGUCGCCUGCAUUCAGGCGCUGUCUCCAUAUCACACAUUAGACCACAACUACCAAGAAGAACAGCAAUGCGCUUCGAGCCACCUCAAUCUACAUCUUGCCUUAAGAUAUAUCAAUAUAUCGUACGUAGUCAUUACUUCGCCCAGCCCUACAAUUAACACAUUAUAAAGCAGGGUGAGAAUUACUAGAGACCUCAUGAUAUGAUAUUAUCAAGAUACUCCAGUCAUGAUACAAUAUCACUGCAAUUUUUAACAUUUUGAAAUAUGCGGAGUAUUGCAGUAGCAUAUAUUGUGAUUUAUUAUCUUUUUCAACUACGCAUUAUUUCCUCCAAACUUUGUCAGCAACUGUGUUAUCUGUUAAGAUACAAGUUUUCUGUCUGUUCAUUUCACGUCAGUCAUUUUAUCUGCUGCAAAAAUGUUUCUAGAGGACUGAAAAUGCACUUGACUUUAUUGUACUAGUAGGCGGCUGAAAGUUGCAACAUUAGUAAUUUAUGUAAUAAAAAAAAUACUUGGCGACUGUGUAUAUUGAUACAAUAUAUAUAUAUAUAUUAUAUUUUUUCACCCUCCCCCUAAUCAGUCCAUCUAUUUUCAUCCGCUUAUCCGGGGCCUAGUCGUGGGGGCAGCAGGCCAAGUAAAGCCCCCAGAUGUCCCUUUCCUCGGCAACACUUUCCAGUUCCUCCUGGGGAACUCCAAGGUGUUCCAGGCCAGAUGAGUCAUGUAGUCCCUCCAGCGUGUUCUGGGUCUGCCCCGGGGCCUCCUACCAGUGGGAUGUGCCCAGAACACCUCUAACAGGUGUGAGGAGGCGCCCAGGAGGAUCCUGAUCAAAUGCCCGAACCAACUCAAGUGACCCCUUUUGACGCGAAGGAGCAGCAGCUCUACUCCGAGCUCCCUCCGGAUGUCUGAGCUCCUCCUCACCCUCUCUCUAAGGCUGAGGCCAGACACCUUUCAGAAGAAACCCAUUUCGGCCACUUGUAUCCACAAUCUCAUUCUCAGUCACUACCCAGAGCUCAUGACCAGAGGUGAGGGCUGGCACGUAGAUGGACAAGUAUAUUGGAAGCUUCGCCUUCUGGCUCAGCUCCCUCUUCACCAUGACGGUCCAGCGCAGUGCCCCCAUCACUGCAGGAGCUGCACCAAGCGCUCCAUUCUACCCUCACUCGUAAACAAGACCCAGAGAUACUUGAACUCCCUCACUUGAGGCAGUAACUUACCCCCAACUCAAAAGAACCGGUGGCACGGUGGUACAGUGGUUAGCAUUGUCGCCUCAGAGGGUUCCUGGUUUAAACCCAGGGUGGGGGAGCCCUUCUGUGCGGAGUUUGUAUGUUCUUCCUGGGUCAACAUGGGUUUCCUCCAGGUGCUCCAGCUUCCUCCCACAGUCCAAAGACAUGCAGGUUAAUCGGUGACUCUAAAUUGUCCGUAGGUGUGAAUGUGAGUGUGAAUGGUUGUCUGUCUCUGUGUGUCAGCCCUGUGAUAGUCUGGUGACCUGUCUACCCUGCAUCCCAGAAAUUAACUCUAAAUAACUGCUAUAAAACUAUAGUUUAUGAUACAGUCUUCUCACAGGUAUUCUCUGAGUAACCUGCUCAUCUAAAUGUUUCAUAUAUGAACAGGAUCUUUGUGCAUAAUCUGGAUUAUCGAAAUCAACAAAUGUUUUUAUCUUUCAAAACAAACUCCUGCACAGUUCCCAAUAAAACAGGGCAAACAAAACUAAUCGUACGAAUCUGAUUUUCUUCCAGACUAGCAACACUUGUAGUUAUAACACUUAGAGGUACAACACCAGAUCUGAGCUGGGCACACUUUACUUUCUAUAUAAAUGAAAGAAUUCUUAGUGUCACGUUCAUGAUUCAUCAUGUUAAAUAAAUGAAAGCAGUUUGGGUUUAAUCCAUAUAUCAACAGCUCAUAGCUCUUUGAGUAAACACAUAUUCUCUGAACAAAUAAAUGUUGAGUUUUUAAAUUUAUAAAUGACACAGGGAGUCAAUAAAGGAACUUCACAGUGGGAGGUUAUUGACACUGGUGCUGCCUAGUUACAGUUGACUCAGUUAACUAAUCAACCACAGCCAUAAAAACCGUGCUUGUGUGUGUGUGUGUGUGUGUGUGUGUGUGUGUGUGUGUGUGUGUGUGUGUGUGGAGGACGCAGCCCACACACACACACACACACACACAGGGUAAAAGGUGGAGUCAGUCUUUGGGGCGGUGCUCAGCGGCAAACUAAAGAACAAAGUGCUCUCGUGCGCCAAUAGUUUCUCAUCUGUCUCGCGGAGACGACAUCAAGGACCGAUAUACAUUUAUAUUCACCUAAAAAUCAUUACUGCUUUUUUAAAACUUACUUUUUUUUUUAAAGGUAAAUAUUUGCCGGCAUUUUUGUCGAGGCUGACUCACCUGAAGGAGGCUUGAGACUUUGCAGCAGUGACGAAUUUCAGGUGCAUCUUAAACUGGACACACAUGGAUGUCUGCAGGAGGCCCAAUGAUGCUCCCCACUUCAGUGUUUGCGGCGUCAGCACCCAAUAGUCACGUCAGCCAGUUGAGCAGAUACUUGAACAGCCACCACAACACGCCUGAAGAGGACGAUGAGACCAUGAGCACAGAGGAGCGAGAAGCCAGCACACUCCACAAACCAGACUCCACCCCUAACCCUGAUGGCCACCGCC